AUGGCGACUGUUCUGUCCAAAUGUAUUCCAAAAACUAACAGCCAACCCACUGAACUGUUCACAGUCUUCCAAUUCAUCUCGGUCGCUUACUGUGUCGGCUCCACGGAUUCGAUCACAAACAACCCAUUUCUUAGAAAUAUCCCGAAGCGUGGGGGCAAAGUCCCGCGGCCGGGUGAGGAAGGCAGAAAGGACGACCAGGGCAACAUUGUUCCUAUCGCCUAG